AUGCCCUUCACAGGUGUCACUGUGGAACGGAAUUCUGCUACAAUUGCAAUGCUCCCUGGAAAACCUGUCAAUGCCAGCAAUGGCGUGAAGAUCGCCUCAUCCAGCGGGCUGAAGCCAUCGCCGUACUUCAGGAUCGGACCGCCGAUGUGCAGCGAAUUAUCGCAGAAAUCGUGGGUCAGGGUGAAUGCCGUCACGACAACUGGACCAGGGUUGGGGUAUACUCUAGUGAUGAUGACCGUUGCUCGGACUGUGGCUGGCACGCUGAUCAAUUUCUAUGGGAAUGUGAUGUUUGCGAUAUGCGGGUUUGCAGGAGGUGCAGACAGGACUACAGGCACUAGAGCACUACGACGAGAGUCUCUGUGA